UUUUCGAACUUCAGAAAUCACAGAACACUAUUGGAUUCGAAAAGUAAAACUCUUUCCAGAUUGAUGCUGACUCGCGUAAAAAUCGUUUGUAUUAAUGUUAGGUUGCGUAGUUUCCAGUGCUUAGCAAUGGUAUCCUUGAUACAUUUACAGGACUAACCUUGAUUGCCUUGGUUGGAAUAUGAAAAACUUAACAAGAAACAAUUUUUGUUGCUUGGACACAAGAAAAUGUUAAUAAUAAACAAAUUUUAAGACAGUCUACAUUCAAAGCUGCGGUGGAAAACACACAGUUCUCUAAAAUACAAAUAAAACAAGUCUCCGAAGCUUAAGCAGUACUGGUAUUACACUCAAAAAAUGCGUAACAACAAUGUGAAGGAGGCGGGCAAAGUCACGGAACAAAUUGAUAUGGAAUUUAAUGCGCGAAGAAACUACCCCAGAAGAUGGUCAAGGUAUUAUAAUGAAACACCCUGGGAUGAUAUGUACAAUCCAAAUAAGCUUAGUCAAAAGAUAAAGGAGUUAGCCCAGGAGGAAGAGCUUUGUCCUUACCAGCACGUGAAUGAAGGCGAUGGUCACUUUGUUUCCCCCGACAUGUAUAAAUCCUUAAUCAGCUACUGUCGAUGUGGGCGUCCUCGUUCUGAUUUUCAUCUUCUAAGGUGUGUCCAAAAAGAGAAAGCGAAAUUUGUUCCUACUGAAGAGGAAAUAGCCAAAGGAAUUGCAAAAGAUAGGCUUCAAUUGCCAAAGACAUCUAGUGCCUUUGUAGGAUGGCAUGAUAAAACACCCACGUACAAACAAUGGGAGGAGUCGAUCCGAUAUAAAUCACCAGUUUACGAUAUGCCCGGAGAGAGAAUAACAACUUCACCUUACAAUGCCAUAAUUAUAGGUUAAAUUGGUAAUGCGUCCUGGAUACGCUCCAAAA